AUGGGAGACACUCAUCUGAAUUUUACGGAUGUUUCGCGAAAUCCAUCAUCACCGAUUGCUCAACAGUCUUCGGUCACUGAUGGAAGUCAUCAUGGAAGGAAAUAUCAACCAAACGCAAAUGAGGAGAAAACGCCAUGGAUGCAAAGACCAGGAAAUAAAAGGCUAGUCAUUGGAGUAUCAGUCGUCGUGGCAAUAAUCAUAAUAAUUCUGAUUAUUGUUCUUCCCGCGGUUUUAACAAAGAAAUCAGGCUCAGAUGCAGCAGGAGGCUCGACAUCUCAAACAACUCCACAACCGUAUAUCUCCAAAUGUCAAUCUACAAUGUCAAAAGCUUUUGCCAAAACAGUGAAACUUCCAUCUGUAAACGAUCCUCGUCCGAAAGUAAAAAUGGCACCGGCUCCAGAAAGAAUUGGAAACAAUGUUCUUGUCAAAAGGGCGUAUCUCGUUGAAUUCGCAUCUGAUUCUACUGACAAGAACCAUGCUCGAACGAUUACCAGAUCUCUACGAUUAUCCAAUGCUAUUGAUCCAUCGACAGUUACAAUACGCCGUUCAAUUCAGACGUCGUUAUUUUCUGGUGUCUCGUUUAGUAUAGAUCAAGAUCAUCCGAUCGAAGCUGUUGAAAAUAUCGAGGGCGCAGUUGCUAUCCAUCCGAUUUAUACCUACUCACGUCCAAAACCUGUGAAAACUUUUGAUUACAAUGAAUUGUACAAUACCGGUAGUGAUACAAUUAAUUCAUACAACUUAACUGGGGUCAGACAUAUACACGAUAUCUAUAAAAAUUUCGGUGCGGGUGUCAAGGUGGCUGUCAUUGACACUGGUGUGUACUAUUUACAUCCAGCACUCGGAGGUUGUUUUGGAACGGGAUGUAAAGUUGAGUUCGGCUAUGAUCUUGUUGGAAAUAGCUAUACUGAUGACAAUCCAGUGUUUAUGCCUGAUGCGGAUCCAUUGGAUCCCUGCCCCGAUGGAUCCCACGGCACUCAUGUUGCUGGAAUUAUUGCUGCAAAUUCUACAGGAAUCACCGAUAUAAGUUUUAGUUCAUAUGUGCCUUUCAUUGGUGUUGCGCCACAAGCCACACUCGGCGCAUAUCGCGUAUUCGGCUGUUCUAGUAGUGCGCCAUCAGAUGCAAUUACUGAAGCUAUUUAUCGUGCACACAAUGACGGGGCUGACGUUAUUAACUUAUCACUUGGCGGCCCAGGUCCAUAUUCAGGCUCUGCUGAAGGACUAGCAAUCCAACGAGUGACUGAUGCUGGAGGUACCAAUCCUUUUCGCUUUUCUUUUAUGACUCCUAAGGGUGAUAAUUCAUUCUUAGUAUAUGUUGUUGUUGCGGCGGGUAAUAGUGGACGUGGUGGUUUUCAAACGACUGGCGACAUAGCCAAUGAGCCAAGCUCGUUGUCUACUUGUUCUGUAGACAAUAAGUAUAAUCUAUUGAUGAAUUCAUCUGUUAUAAUUGGACCUGAUAACACGAAAAUUCUUUAUCAACCUGGAACGAACUAUGGUGGUUGGAGAUCAAUUACAAAUUCGACGAUCGUCGUAAAUGAUCCCACUGGAUUGAAUAGCAAUGAUGGUUGCAACGGCCCAUCAGUCACAAUCAUGGGAGCUGUGGUUUUGUUUCACUUUCAAGACAGUGACGAAUGUGAUACUGGUACCCGUUGUAACAAAGCAUCAGUUCAAGGAGCCAUCGGUUGUUUAAUAUACAAUGCCAAUAAUAUUGCCGGUUCAUCAAAUAUUCCCAGUGGAAGCAUCAGUUUGAUUGAUGGACUGAAUAUUAUAUUGACAGUUGCUGCCAAUUCAUCGGCUAUGUACAUGUUCACAGAUCGGCUUGAGCCUGUCACAAUAAGCACAGGUGGAACAGUCUCUGACUUCUCAUCGAUUGGCCCAAGCGGUGAUCUUUUCUUGAAGCCUCGCCUUUGUGGUAUUGGUGGAAGUGUUUAUUCCACAAUCUCACCAAUAGCUGCUGCCGCCGUAAAUUUCACGAGAGCAUAUGCUGUCUACUCCGGCACAAGUAUGGCUUCACCUUACCUCGCAGGGACUUUGGCUCUCUUUCUUGCCAGUUUAGGCAAUCCCGCUCCGAGUACAGUUAGUGGUGUUGCCGGUAAUGGAAUCUGUCGACCCUCCUUUUCUAUGGCUAUGAACAUCUUUCAAUCGACUGCGCAAACUGUAAACAACUAUGGAUCAUCUGUUCUUUCUUCUACUCUUCAGCAAGGCGCAGGAUUAGUCGAUAUCCGUCGUACUAUCGCAGCUACAACCAUGCUUUCACCUAGCGAGCUCUCCCUGAAUGAUAGCGUUCGCAUAGCUUCAUCAUAUACAGUGAAAGUUAUUAACAUUGGCACGACAGCAGCGUCCUAUGUAGUUACACAUGGUGGAGCAGCAUUGGGCACGCCAAAGAAUGGAAAUUAUGAUCAACUUUUACUUGUUCCAUCGUAUUCAGCAAAUUAUGCUAAUGUGACAAUUGUACCUAGUAAAUUUGUACUCCAACCUGAACAAUCGCUCAACAUCACUCUUCGUUUCACACCACCCACUGGAUUAAAUACAACGUUAUUACCAUUCUAUUCGGGUUUUAUAUAUGUAACUAAUCAAAACAAUGGAGACGUUGUUCAUCUGCCAUAUGCUGGAGUUGUUGGUGACUAUUCCAGUGCUCGUAUUAUUGUACGCACAGCUUCAAGCACUGUCGUUACAAGAAUUACUUCCCAAUCUGGCGUUUAUAUUUCUGAUACGCAACAGGCAGCAUUGAAUGCUACGUUAGGAAUACGACUCAUCUUGGUAGCAGCAUGGUCCACUCGUCUCUUCAUUGCUGAAGCUAUUUCAGUUAAUGACACCAGUUUACCGGGUCAAAAUCAAAGUUUGGGAAUAUUGAAAGAUGAGGCAUACAAUACAUUUGUAUACAUUUCCGAUAUAUCAAGAAAUACCGCUGUUGAAACUCAAACAUUUAGCGAUAGUUAUCAACUCUUAUGGUACGGAAGCGUAUGUGCGGCAAAGAGUAUCAAGAAUUGCACGACUACAACAGUAUCUCGCCUUCCUCGAGGCCAAUAUCGACUUCGAUUUUCGGCUUUGAAACAUUUCGGAAAUAUUUCGAAUCCCAACGACUACGACGUUUAUCGUUCUCCGUCCUUUUUACUCACUUACUAG